UUCAACUCAAUUUUCAUAAGCAGCCAUUUUCAACGUAAAGCCAUCCUCAUGGAGAAAACGAUCACUCACAUAGCCGUUGUUCCUAGUACAGCCCAUAGCCAUUUCUUCCCCGUUCUUGAGUUCUCCAAGCGACUUGUUCAUCUUCAUCCAGAUCUUCAUGUCACCUGCAUAAUUCCUUCUCUUGGCUCUCUUUCAACUUCCUCAAUAACGUACCUAAAUUCACUUCCUUCCAAUAUUCACUCUGUCUUUCUUCCUCCAAUCUCCAUUAAUGACUUGCCACAGCAACAAGCUCCAGCAUUCCUAAGCAAACUAGUUAUCACUAAGUCCCUACCAUCUUUACGUGAGGUCUUGAACUCUAUGUGUUCCCAAACUCCUCCUUUGGCUGCUUUGGUUGCGGACACUUUAGCGUACGAAGCACUUGAUCUCGCAAAGGAACUCAACAUCUUGUCCUUUGUUUUUGCUCCUUGGUCUGCUACAUUGUUGUCCUUCUACUUGCAAUUACCGAAACUAGAUGAGGAUAUUGUUGGUGAAUUUCGAGACUGUACAAAACCUUUCAAGAUUCCUGGCUGUGUUCCAAUCUAUGGAAAAGAUUUACCAGACCCUGUUCAAGAUCGAUCGAGUGAAGCAUACAAAAUGGUUGUGCUUCGUGCUAAAACACUCUCUUCUGUGGAUGGUAUCAUGCUUAAUAGCUUUGUGGAAAUGGGAGAAGGUUCAGCAAAAGCCUUGGCAAAUAACACAAGUGGUAGUCCUCCUGUCUACCUGGUUGGACCCAUCUCAUCACAAACUGGUUCUAUAGAUGAGAAAGACAGGCCUGAAUGUAUGACUUGGUUGGAAAAGCAACCACCUAGGUCUGUCUUGUACGUUUCAUUCGGAAGUGGAGGGACACUCCCCCAAGAGCAGCUCAAUGAACUGGCUCUUGGGUUGGAACUAAGUGGCCAAAAGUUCUUAUGGGUUGUGAGAGCCCCAAGUAGGGUUUCUAAUGCUGCUUAUCAUGCUUCUUCUUCUUCAAAUGAGAACCCUUUAGAUUUCUUGCCAAAAGGCUUCUUAGAGAGAACAAAAGAUCGAGGUUUUGUUGUUCCUUCAUGGGCGCCUCAGAUUCAAAUUCUUAGUCACAGUUCAGUGGCUGGAUUCUUGAGUCAUUGUGGGUGGAAUUCGACCCUUGAAAGUGUUGUACAUGGUGUGCCACUCAUAACGUGGCCACUGUUUGCAGAGCAGAAACUGAAUGCUAUUAUUCUAAAUAAUGUUCUAAAAGUGGCCGUGAGGCCCAAGGUCAACGAAAAGGGAAUAGUGGAAAGGGAAGAAAUUAAAGAGGUGAUAAAGAGAUUAAUGAAGGGUGAAGAAGGUAAGGAUAUUUACAAACAAAUGAAGGAUUUGAAAGAAGCUGCGGCUAAUGCAAUGAAAGAAGAUGCUUCCUCUACAGAGACACUCUCUCAGGUUGCCCAUAUUUGGAGAAAGAUGGGGGGCCAUCAAGAAAAAUAAAUGCUCGUUGUUUCAUUCUAUAUAUUUUAUUUGAGUUUUUUUACUCUAGCUUCUUAUCUUUGUUGAUCAUUCCUUAUUGGAAAAUCAAUUCUCAGUUAUUUUUAGUGUUUCCUCCAUGUUAGUUAUUACUUAUUACUAGGUUGUCCACAUAUUGAAUCAAGGGCUAAGAUGCAAAAAUAUCUAUCAACACCAUAUACUUUUUUCAA